AGUGCACACAAAAGAUUUUAAGAAACAGGCAAGAAAACUUGAGUUGCAGAUGAAGAACAGGCACAUUGCCAUGUUAUUUCUAGUGCUGGGGAGCAGGAUCAUUUAGCAGAAAGCUAUUGGCAGGCAUUUAUUUCUUUGAACUGUUGACAUUUUACUUAUGGGGGUAAACAAACCUGUCUGAGAAAACAAGGAUGUCAGGAAAUGAUCAAUGUCCCCUUUUUGUCUGGGGACUUUUAGCCUUCUUGGGUUUGUCCCUGAUUAUAUCCCUAAUCUUCAAUGUUUCCAACUGGGUGGAAAAGCAGCGACAAGAUAAAACCUAUGACUAUACUGAUGAUGACUAUUUUCAAAGAGAUGAUGAUUAUUAUCCUGAAAAUACACCAAUUUAUGGUAACCUUGAUAACGUGCUUUCUGGAUCUGGGGAUGAAAGCUGCUAUGAACAAAUGAAAGCCCGACCAGAGAGGGUUGUAAGAGAAAAGGAGGGACAAUCAUCUAUGCAGGCACAGGCUGAUGCACAGAUGUGCUAUGCUUCACUGGAUCACAGCUUCAAGGGGAAAUGCAGAAAGCCAAAAGCUUGCUUUUCAGACAAGGAUGAAAAUGAGAAAUUACAUACAGUGGAUACCAGUCUACCUGAAAGAAAUUCAGCCCACAGUUUCAGAGAAGAAGAAAACAUGGAGGAAAACAUUCAUGAUGAUCCCAUCAGACUAUUUGGUUUGAUUCAUGCAAAGAGAGAGCAGAUAAAUUUGCAAGACUUUGACCCAGCUUAGAGAAUGAAUGAUUUUUGCCAAAAACAAAACAAAACAAAACAAAACAAACAAACUUUAAAGUUGGAGGAUAACUUAGGAAAGUUGUAUGUUGAUCAGAUGUUUAUAGAAAUUCAAUUUACCUCUUUUUCAGACACCACUUUGUCAACGUGGAUGAUAUUAAUAAAAUAAAAAAAAUCUGUGUUGAUAUGUGAAAUAGAUGUUGCUUGUGAAAAUGAAAUAAUGAAAAUGCACAUUAAACAAGAUAAUCAAAUU